UAUCCAGGCUUAUUUCCUUUCGUGGAUGCUGCUGUUUCACGCGAUAAUUUAAAGAAGGAAGAACCUCAAGGGGAUGAGAAUAAUGAUAAGUGUGGCCCUGGAUGUUUGGGGAGGAAUGCUAUCGCCAAUGCUGCUGCCGCUGCAGGCCCAUCAGUUGUUAAUAUAUCUGUUUCAAGAGGCAUUCACGGUUUGAUUCUUGGGAAGAGUAUGGGUUCAGGAACUAUCAUUGAUUCAGAUGGCACUAUCUUGACAUGCGCUCAUGUUGUUGUAGAUUUUGAGGGCAUGAAAAGCAUCUCUAAAGGAAAGGUUGAUGUAACUUUGCAAGAUGGAAGAGAAUUUGAGGGCACUGUUGUUAGUGCUGAUAUCCAUUCUGACAUUGCUGUUGUGAAGAUUAAUUCUAAAACUCCACUACCGUCAGCAAAGCUUGGUUCUUCUAGCAAACUUCGUCCAGGUGAUUGGGUGCUAGCUAUGGGUUGUCCACUUUCCCUUCAGAACACAGUUACUGCUGGCAUUGUUAGCUGUGUUGAUCGGAAAAGCAGUGAUUUAGGAAUUGGUGGGAUUCGACAAGAAUUUUUACAGACAGAUUGUGCCGUCAAUGAGGGCAACUCUGGUGGGCCUCUUGUGAAUCUUGAUGGUGAGGUUGUAGGAAUAAAUAUUUUGAAAGUAUUGAAUGCAGAUGGAGUGAGCUUUGCAGUUCCUAUUGAUGUAGCUGUUAAAAUAAUGGAUAACUUGUUGAAAAGAGGAAGAGUUAUCCGACCUUGGCUAGGGUUGAAAAUGCUUGACCUUAAUAGCAUGGUCAUUACACAGCUUAAAGAAAGAGAUUCUUCAUUUCCAAAUGUCGUCAGAGGUGUUCUUAUACUUAUGGUUACUCCAGGUUCUCCAGCUGAACAUGCUGGAUUUCAACCAGGUGAUGUAGUUACUGAAUUUGAUGGCAGGCCUAUUUCGAGUAUAAAAGAGAUCAUUGAGAUAAUGGGAGAUAAGUUGGGCAUGCCUAUCAAAGUCAUCGUUAAUCGAGCACAUAAUAAAUUGGCGACUUUGAUUGUUGUCCCCGAAGAGGCUAACUAUGACAGAUGAUUUUUUUAAGGUAAAAUUUAGACUUUGUUUGGGAUAACUUUUUUACUACUUUCUAAAGCAGUUUCUUGGCA